ACAAAGUGUAAUUUUCUUAUGCCCUGAGCCUCAGCACUUGACAAUUUGCUUUCUGUUUCAGUUUGAGUUUUGAAUUCUUCUCAUAAGAUCCGCUGUUUAUGCUCACUUGCAUACACGUCUGCAUAUAUCUAUCCAUGUUUGUUAAUCCAUCCCUUAAUCUUCUUUACAUUCUCCUCCCUCACUUGAGUUCUCUAUACAUCUCACAUGUGUGUUGUUUAUGUACAUGUACACACACACACACACACAGAGUGAACAACUCUAAUCACCACUAAAAAUCUCUCCUUUUUGACUCUAUUGUCCAAGAUUUUGUAAAGGGUGUCUCCAGAACAAGUCAGUAGAGGCUAAGAGCUCACAUGGUGCUUAAGCUUUUCCACCGACACUUCAGUUCUGAGUUUCACCAUUGAUUUUGAUGGAGGCUGAUCAGAUAAAGCUUACUGUAGCUCUUUGUAUGUGUCUUGUUUCAUUGGUUAUUAGUACUACAGACCCUAAUGAUCUUGCAAUUCUUAAACAAUUUAGUAAAGGAUUGUCAAAUGCUGAGGUCUUGAAGUGGCCUAAUAAUGAUGACCCGUGUGGUCCUCCUAGUUGGCCACAUAUAUUUUGUACUGGUAAUAGAGUUUCACAAAUUCAAGUUCAAGGUUUGAACUUGAAGGGCCCUUUGCCUCAAAAUUUUAAUCAGUUGUCUAUGCUUACAAAUGUAGGCCUUCAAAAAAAUAACUUCACUGGGAAUUUGCCAUCUUUUAGUGGUUUGUCAAGAUUGCGAUAUGCUUAUUUGGAUUUUAAUAAUUUUGAUACUAUUCCCUCGGAUUUUUUUCGAGGGCUUGAUGGUCUAGAGGUAUUGGCAUUAGAUAACAACCCUCUUCUUAAUAAGACUGCUGGUUGGUUAUUGCCUGUUGAUUUGCAAAAUUCAGCUCAGUUGGCGAAUCUUUCUUUGAUGGACUGUAAUUUGGCUGGAGUUUUGCCGGAUUUUUUGGGACAAAUGUCGUCGCUAGAGGUUUUAAAACUGUCUUUUAAUAGGCUUUCUGGGGGUAUACCAGUUACAUUUCAGGGGUCGGUUGUGAGGAUUCUUUGGUUAAAUGAGCAAUCUGGGGGUGCAAGCCAUGGAAUGUCGGGUACUAUUGAUGUAGUUGCAUCAAUGAGUUCACUUACUAGUCUAUGGCUUCAUGGGAAUCAUUUUUCAGGUAAGAUUCCCAAGAACAUUGGUGAUUUAGCUUCAUUACAGGAACUGAAUCUCAAUAGUAAUGAUUUUGUUGGCCUCAUUCCUGAUACCCUUGCUACUAUACAUUUUAAGAGUUUGGAUUUGAAUAAUAAUCACUUCAUGGGUCCUAUUCCUAGGUUCAAAGGUGUUAAUGCUAGUUACAGGACAAAUUCAUUUUGUCAAAAUGAUCCAGGAUUGCCUUGUGCCCCGGAGGUUAUGGCAUUGCUGGAGUUUCUUGAUGGAGUAAAUUACCCACCAAGGCUUGUUUCUUCGUGGUCUGGAAAUAAUCCGUGUGAUGGACCUUGGUUGGGUUUGAUAUGCAAUGCCAAUCGAGAAGUUACUAUGAUAAAUCUUCCCAAGUUCAAUCUUUCUGGUAACUUGAGUCCUUCAAUUGCAAACCUGCAUUCGGUUAGUGAAAUAUUACUUAGUUCUAACAAUUUAACAGGUCGAAUUCCAGCAAGCUGGGUUAACUUGAAAUCUUUGAAAUUGUUGGAUGUAAGUGGCAAUAACCUUUCCCCUCCUAUACCAAGGUUUGAUAGCAGUGUUAAACUGAACUUAAAUGGAAACCCUUUGUUGAAUUCCAACAAGUCCAGUGCUACUGCUCCUCCAGACAAUGGACCAUCCCCUGAGGAAUCGAUGUCCCUUCACAAUAAUUCAACUUCUGAAUCUGCAGGUUUGAAGACUCAUACUAAACCAAGCAAAAAGAAAAGGCCUAAACUAGUUAUGUUUGUGGUUCCAGUCGCGACUUUUGGAAUCCUGAUUUUUAUGGCCUUUCCGCUGUCUAUAUAUUUAUGUAAAAAGAGGAGAAACUCUAUUGAAAAUCCCACUUCCCUGCUGGUUCAUCCAAAGGACCUCUCUGAUUCUGACAAUUUGGUCAAGGUAGUAGUUGAAAGCAACAACCAAGGAAGUGCUUCUACACUGACAGGAAGCAGUUUAGGUAGCAGAUACAGUAGUGGAAUGAACUCACAUAUCACUGACACUGGAAAUAUGAUCGUGUCUGUUCAAGUUCUUCGAAAAGUGACCAACAACUUUGCCCCAGAGAAUGAGCUAGGCCGUGGAGGUUUUGGGGUAGUUUAUAAGGGAGAAUUCGACGAUGGAACAAAAAUAGCAGUGAAAAGGAUGGAGGCGGGAGUCACGAGUGGCAAAGCUUUGGAUGAAUUUGAGGCUGAAAUUGCCGUUCUUUCAAAGGUUCGCCACAGACACCUGGUAUCACUUUUAGGCUACUCUAUAGAGGGUUUCGAGAGAAUACUGGUCUAUGAGUAUAUGCCUCAAGGGGCGCUUAGCAGGCAUCUCUUCCAUUGGAAGAACUUAGGACUAGAGCCCCUUUCAUGGAAGAAGAGGCUAAAUAUUGCUCUGGAUGUGGCUAGAGGAUUGGAAUAUCUUCAUACUCUGGCUCACCGAAGCUUCAUACACCGGGACCUUAAGUCUUCAAACAUCUUACUAGGUGAUGAUUUCAAAGCAAAAAUCUCAGAUUUUGGAUUAGUAAAACUUGCUCCUGAUGGUGAGAAAUCCGUGGUUACAAGGUUAGCUGGAACAUUUGGGUACCUAGCACCAGAAUAUGCAGUUACGGGUAAAGUUACAACGAAAGCUGAUGUCUUCAGCUUCGGAGUUGUGCUAAUGGAGCUGUUAACCGGAUUAAUGGCACUUGAUGAGGAGAGACCCGAGGAAAGCCAGUACUUGGCAGCAUGGUUCUGGAACAUUAAAUCCAGCACCGAGAAGCUAAAAGCUGCAAUCGACCCAGCCCUCGACAUGAAAGAAGAAAUAUUUGAAAGCAUUUGCACGAUUGCUGAAUUGGCUGGUCACUGCACUGCCAGAGAGCCCAACCAAAGACCUGAGAUGGGUCAUGCAGUGAACGUCCUGAGUCCCCUAGUUGAGAAAUGGAAGCCACUUAAAGAUGAAAUCGAGGAGUACUGUGGUAUUGAUUACAGCCUUCCACUGAACCAAAUGGUCAAGGGAUGGCAAGAAGCUGAAGGAAAUGACUUGAGUUUUGUGGACCUGGAGGACAGUAGGGGUAGUAUCCCAUCAAGACCUGCUGGAUUUGCUGAUUCCUUUACAUCAACUGAUGGCCGGUGAAUUAGGUACUCUGUUUCUUUUGGUCCCCUCAAGCUAAGCUGUGAAAAUGUAGAUAUGUGAAGAAGAUUACUCUUACAUGAACGGUUUUGGUUCACAUUAUGUUAAUUUAUGAUUAAUUGGUCAUGACUUGCAUGCA